UCUUCGAAUUAUACACCAUGGCGACACGGUUAUAAUAGGUACCUAAGCUGUGGUUCUCUUUAAACCUUUCUACCUACCUAAGGUACCUAGUUUACUCUUCACGCCUACCUUGACUUAUCCUCGUAGACGGGAUCUAGUCCUAGGUCAGUUGCAAUAAUGAGUUCAUCUUCAAAGACGGAAGUCAACGACGAAAAGUCGUCGGCUUCCCCUGGAGAACUUCUACAAGAGAGAGAACCCGCUCUCGCCAGUAACGGAAACAUAAUCGACGAUGGCUUACAGCGCGGCCUCAAAAACCGCCACCUACAAAUGAUUGCCUUCGGCGGCGUCGUAGGCGCCAGCAUCUGGUACGGGACCGGCUCGGCGAUCUCCUACAGCGGGCCGGCCGGGGCGCUGAUCUGCUUCCUGGUGGUCGGGGUCGACGUCUUCUUCGUCAUGCAGAGCCUGGGCGAGAUGGCAACGCUGUUCCCCAUCCAAGGCGCCUUCAUCGAGCUCGCCGGCCGCUUCGUUGACCCGGCGCUCGCCUUUGCGCUCGGGGUUAAUUACUGGUACGCUUGGGUGACUAACAUCGCCAACGACUACAAUAACAUCUCCCUCAUCAUGGGGCUCUGGACCCGCGACGCCGUCCCCUCAUACGCCUGGAUCUUGAUCUUCUGGGCCGCGUUCCAGGGCUCCUCGCUCCUGGGCAUCGUCGUCUACGGGGAGAUGGAGUUCUGGCUCGCCUGCUGGAAGCUUGUCUGCGUCGUGGGCGGCUUUCUCGUUGCGAUCCUCGUAAAUACGGGGGCUAUCGGCGGCGAGUACAUCGGGUUCCGGUAUUGGCGGGACCCUGGCGCCAUCGCGAACGGGAUCAAUGGGUUUGGAAAGACCUUCGUUCUAGCCGCGGUUUAUUACAGCGGUACUGAAAUGCUGGCCCUGACCGCUGCUGAGAGCCGCAAUCCGAGGAGGGACUUGCCCAAGGCGAUUCGGCAGACCUUCUGGCGCAUAUUGAUCAUAUUUCUUGGCCUGGUUUUCUUUGCCGGGAUAAUUGUACCUUAUAACGACAGCUCGCUUCUAACGGCUACUAGCAAGUCUGCGCAAUCCCCCUGGACGGUUGCGCUCGUGCACGCCGGCUGGGCAGGAGGCGGUAACCUAGUCAACGUCGUCAUGAUCACCGCGCAGCUCUCGUCCGUCAACAGCGCCAUCUACGUCGCCUCGCGGAGCCUCGUCGCCCUCGCCGCGAACGGGCGCGCGCCCGCUCUCUUCGCGCGGACCACGGCCAACGGGGUUCCCGUCAACGCCAUCGUCUUCUCGAACCUGCUCGGGCUCCUGGCCCUGCUGAACGUCGCCGCCACCCCGGGAAAAGUGUUCAGCUACCUGGUCAGCAUCUCCGGGGCCGCGACGUUCAUCGCGUGGGCCUUCAUUGGCGUCACGCACGUGCGGCUGCGGCGGGCGUGGGCACUCCAGGGCCGCGGCCUCGACGAGCUGCCGUACCGGGCGUCCCUGUACCCGUACGGCGCCUGGCUCGUCGUGGUGCUGAACCUGUUCCUCGUGUUCGUUUCCGGGUACGAGGUUUUCGUCGGCGGCUUCGCGGCGGUCGAUUUCGUCUUCUCGUACGUCGUCGUCGCGAUAUUCGCGGUCUUGUACUUUGGCUGGAAGCUGGUGAAGAAGACUACGGUUGUGAAGUUGGCCGAGGCGGACCUCGUGACGGGGAGGCGGGAUUAUUUGCUGCCGGCGGAGGGGGAGGGAGAGGGAGAGGGAGAGGGUGCUGGGGAGGAAUCGGGGAUCCCGUGGUAUGUUGUGGUUAAGAGAGUUAUUUUUAGCUGAGGAUAGGUGGUAUAAAAGGUGUUUGAAAAAAGCGAAAGUGCAGUCACCUCUAAUAGUGUUAAUGUUGUAGAUUAGCAAUUAUUGGAGUACAAAUCUGCUGCCUCUUCUUCGCUUUGUAUUUCUUCGUAAGUUAAAUCAAAGUCAAGCUCAAAUCA